AAGCAAAUGUCAAAUGUCAACUGACGUACUGGAUACGUGAUGAGUGAGACUUUCGAAGUUCUAUUUACUCAUUUUCAAGUUAGUUUAUGUUGAAAAAACCGAAUUAAGUUAACUAUCAAUUUCGUGAUACUUCUUUCAAAUCGUCCUAAAGAAUACUUUUCUAAAAAUGGAUCUCAAAAUAUGUUUCGUAGUUUUACUUUUUUCAUUCAUAAAACCAAGCAGCGAAACUUUACAAAGUGUGAGCGAUGAUGAUCUCCUUGAAUUAAUUAGGGAAAAAGAAAAACUUAUUGUCUUAUUUAGCAAACCAAACUGUGAUACAUGCAAGGAAUUGGAAAAUCAUGUUGAAAGUUUAGAAAAUGAUUUUAAAAAGGAAUUGAAUGCUGUGAGUGUUAAGGCAAUCAACAGUCAUUUGAGUAGACUGUAUAACCCGGCCAAGGACCCUGCACUAGUGUUCUUUAGACAUGGAGUGCCUUUGUUGUACAGCGGUGAAUCUGACGAGAAUGAAAUAUAUGGUUUCUUCGAGAAGAACCAGGCACCCGCAGUGAAAGAGUUGACAGAUAAAAUAUUUGAACACAUCACCCAAGCAGCCACUGGUGCGACUACUGGUGAUUGGUUUGUUAUGUUCUAUGGAGCUUCGUGUGUAGAGUGCCAGAGGUUACAUGCGGUUUGGGAGAGUGUAGGUGCAACUUUGAAAGGACGCAUCAAUGUAGCGCGCAUGGAUGCAAACUUGGCUGGUGUAAACACUGCAAAGAGGUUUAAUGUGAACAAACUACCAAGUUUCCUGUUCUUCCGUCUCGGCAAAGUGUACCGGUUCGAUUUACCCAAAAAAGAUGUGAAAUCUUUUGUCAUAUUUGCUCAAGACUGGUAUAAGAAUGCUAAAGCUGAACCUGUGCCAUUACUGGCAUCACCAUUUGACGAGUUAGUGGACUUAGCUGUCCAAAUGAUAAAAGUCAGUGUGGCAUUUACCUUGGACACCUUAACUGAGCAUCCAUGGAUCUGGCAAAUAGGAGUAGCCGGCUUUGGUCUGGUAGCCAUAACUGCUAUCAUAGCUUUAUGCAAAGCGGGAAAAUCAAGACCAUCGAAAGACUCAAAAAAAGAAAAGAAGAGUAAAUAAACUUCUGUAUAUUUUGUUCUAGAGCAACUCUAAAACUUAUUUUUUUUACGCAUUUAUGUUUUUAUUCAUACUUUUUUAUACAGUUUGCAUUUACUUGUGAUGUGAAUAUUGCUCGAUGAUAUUGGGUCUGAAUGAGUUAACUUGUUAAUACCUAUGUAGAUGUUUAUAUUUUAAUAAAAUUACAGAUAAUUGUAUGUAUAUCAGUGUUAAGAACACAUGUGCACUAUCUCUCAUAUCAAUACCAGUGUUUUAUCAGUGUAAUUAAAGACUUAAUGUAGGUGAUAUAAAAUAUUUUGUUAUUACAUAAUGAGAAACUGAAAACCAUUUAUUACGUCCAUUUUAUUGUUCUAUAAUUCCUAAUCUCUGGAAGUAUGGUUGUUAUGUUAUAAUGUAGAUCCAAUUAUUAAUGUUCAAAGGGUAGAGGAAAAGUAUUAUUAUAAAAAAUAAAAACAUAAUAUUGAGUUCA